CAACCACCAACACGUCCACAAUGAUGAUACCUCCAGCGACACUGACUCAUCCGACAGAUACACUGAGAUGUCUUGGGACUUCCCUAGUGUCGCGAGCUCAAGGACGUCAUACGAUGUUUCUAUGCGGUCCGCCUCCCCCACACCCUCUGUCGUAUCCGUAACGAGCUCCUUUCGCGCUCAGGCUUUUCGUACAGAGUACGGCAGAGGUUUGAACAACUAUUCGGAGGUGUACACGCUUCCCGCAGACGACGAAGAGAUCGAUCGCCUGAACAACCAAUACCUCAUGUUCAAUGAGGUGAUUGGCAAGUACCCCCCGCCACUCCCGGAGGUUUUGGCCGAAGAUAAUCUCGGCGGUGUGCCGGGCGAAAUCAAGGCCGUACUCGACUUGGGCUGUGGGAGCGGCUGCUGGAUAAUGGAUAUUGCGCGUCAGUUUCCUCACUGCAGCGCUGUCGCGGUGGAUCUUGUUCCCAUGCAGUCUCCGGACAUGCCUCCAAACUGCAGGAGCGAAGUCGAUGACAUCAAUCUCGGCCUUGAGCACUUUUACGGAGACUUCGACGUGGUCCAUGUCCAACUUGUCUCUUCAGGCAUACGGGAUUAUCAAGGUCUCAUCGACCAUAUCAGUCACGUCCUCCGCCCGGGUGGCUUAAUGGAACUCAUCGAAUUUCCAUUUGCAUUCACUGGCGCCGACCACGUCAACAUCGUAAGAGGUCCAGGCGAAUAUGGCCCUCCAUGGGCUGCCCAAUGGAUGGCGACCGCCCGGCAAGCCGUUAUGCAACGCGGUGGAGAGGCUGAUGCCUCGGGUCACCUGCGUCAAUGGGUCGAAGACCAUCCGGCGUUCGAGAACGUGGUCUAUCGCGAGUACUGGUUCCCAUGUUCCCCGUGGCUCCGAGGGAACGACCCCCAGAGUGCUAAAUGGAAUCGCAUCGGCGCAACGAUGCGAGACGACAUUGUGGCGUUCAUGAAGGGUGGCAGGCCUCUUCUCCUACGAAGCGGUCUCUCGGAGGCAUUCGUCGAUGACCUCCAGACGAAAGCUGUGAACGAGCUCAUGGAAGGGAAAGAGCCCGUGUUUGUAUGCAUACAGAACAUCUACGCCCGGAAGAAAACGACUUAAUCACAUACACCUUAUUUCCCUCUCUUUACGGACGCUAAUGUCAGCUCAUAGGAUACUGUACUUUUCUUACUGGCACUAUAAUCUCCUGCAUACCGCACUAUAUCUCGUUUCUUGCAUACACCUCAUAUAAUGUGGCAGUUUCACCAUGCUUUUUACGCCUUAUUGUUAUUGGGAGAUAAAACGGGCUGCAGCUGGGCUAGCUGAACGUUUUCACUAGGCUACACUUUGAUCCUCGUUGCACCUUAGGCUUAUGUAGUAAUUUGGAUCCAGGUAGCUGGUGCGCACUGGCACCCGUCGACGCAAUCUUGUAGUGAUUGUGAAC